CAGCGCGAGCGAGGCGGCACGUGAGAGCUGGCGGGGAUCGCAGUUGUAAGCAGGCACCUUACCGCCUUGUUAACUCACUCAAACGGAUACUUAUACAGUAUUGAGUAUCUUUAAAGAAGAUUCUACAGUCUAGUCUGGAUUUAUUGACAGAAAUUAAGGCAGAGCACGAUUUUUUUUUGGGUGGGGUUGAAACGCUGGGUUUCUGUAGGUAAAAAAAAAACAUGAGUCUAUAUUAGCGAUGGAAUUAAGAAUUAACGCAAAAGAAAUAUUAAAGGGCGAAUAUUAUCUCUGAGUUCGGAAAAUGGAUAUGGAAAGCUACUCUCAAAUCUGAAGGUGACAAUAUUUGGAAGAGGAAAUGCACACAGCUUGGGUUCUUCUGAUUCUGAUUGAAGAAGGAUUUGUACUGGCACAGAAAACGAAAGGACUGCAUAAUGUGGGCCAGACAAACAAAAGUGCGGGACAGUGUGGUACCUGGAUCCAGAAUUCAAAUGGAGGACUCUUGACCUCUCCGAAUUAUCCUGACACAUACCCCCCAAACAAGGAAUGUGUUUUCAUUCUGGAAGCCCUACCCCGCCAGAGAAUUGAGCUGACCUUUGAUGAGACCUAUUACAUUGAACCUUCUUUCGAGUGCCGCUUCGACUACAUUGAGGUACGGGAUGGUCCCUUCGGUUUCUCUCCUCUCAUCAACCGCUUCUGUGGACCCAGCAGUCCUGGCAUGGUCAGAUCCACAGGGCGUUUCAUGUGGAUCAAGUUCAGUAGCGAUGAGGAACUGGAAGGGCUGGGUUUUCGAGUCAAAUAUGCCUUCAUAGCAGACCCUGACUUUCGUCUACACGUUGGGGAUAUCUUUAGCCCAAUUCCUGAUUGUCAGUUUGAACUUAUGGGCUUUGAUGGAGUUAUCCACUCCAGCCAGGUGGAAGAGGAAGCAAAGAUUAAAUCUGGCAGUGCAGUAGACUGCAUCUGGACUGUGCGUGCCCCUCCCAGAUCAAAGAUCUAUCUUCGUUUUAUGGAGUACCAGAUGGAACACUCAAACGAGUGCAAGAAAAAUUUUGUGGCAGUGUAUGAUGGUAGCAGUGCCAUUGAAAACCUGAAGGCCAAGUUCUGCAGUACUAUCGCCAAUGAUAUCAUGCUGGACAACGGUGUGGCUGUGGUCCGCAUGUGGGCGGACGAGAACAGUCGACUCAGUCGAUUCCGGCUGCUUUUCACUUCAUUUGUUGAACCUCCUUGUUCAGAUGAUACUUUUUUUUGCCACAGCAAUAUGUGCAUUAAUAACUCUCUUGUUUGCAAUGGAGUGCAGAACUGUGUGUAUCCAUGGGAUGAAAACCAGUGCAGAGAAAAGUCCAGCAGCCUUUUAAAUCAGAUCAUCCGGGCACGUGGAACUGUCAUUGGAGUGUCGGCCGGCAUUGUCUUGGUGCUGCUUUUUAUUUCCAUCGUGGUGCAAAUGAAGCAACCACGCAAAAAAAUAUUAUCCCGCAAGCCUCCAUUGCAUAAGGCAGGCUUCCAGGAGGUUUUUAACCCACCUCAUUACAAUCUUUUCUCUUUGCGGGACAAGGAGAUGUCCUCAGACCUGGCAGACCUGUCAGAUGACCUGGAGAGCUACCAUAAGCUGCGGCGUAACUCUGUAGCCUCGCGAUGUAUCCAUGAGCACCACUGCGGCUCACUGGCCUCCAGCCUUAAGCCAAGCCAGGCCGACCUUAGCUCCAUGGAGCUGUUAUACCAUAAUGACUUCUCCCAAUCACAAACCCUGCGGACACUCAAUAGCACCUAUAAGAAGAGCUGUUGUGUCUACAAACAGGCUCAUGACUGUGCAGAGAAUGUCAUUGAGGAUCGUGUGUUGGAGGAGAUCCCCUGCGAGAUCUACAUGCAUGGCAACAAAAGAGCUACUAGUAGUAAACAUUGUAUUUCCAUGGACUUUUAGAAGAAACAAGUCCAGAUUCUCACCUUUCUUACUGGUCAAAUGACAGAGAAUCUCAUACAAUAAACUGCACAGUCUGUCUCAUUCAUUUAAAUGCAGUACAAUGAUGUUAAGGUCAUUAAUAAAGUGGCCUCUUUGUGUAUGAAAGAUUUUUGUCUUACAUUGUUAGAUUCAGUUCCAUCAGUUUACCUGAUUUUAAUAUUAUGUCUUUGUGAUGCUAUUAUACUGAACAAGACUGCUUGACAUAUUGCUCCUUGCAAUAAGUGGUCUCAAAAUUACAAAAAAGACGCUUAUGGUAGGACAGUUGUCUGUUGUUAUCACAUACAUUUAUCUCUCUUGUUUUAUUUUAGUUAUUAAAUUAUGUUUGCGUAUAAGGUGUUUUAAUCUGUUUGUCAUUAUGUCAUGUAUGAUCUGUAGAUGGAAGUACAUUUUACAACUUAAAGUUAUUCAAAGAAAGUU